AGGAUAAACCCCAGGAUCUGGAUGUAAGGAGGGGUGGCGUUUGCAGAGCCCCACAUCACAGGCUUUCCCUGGCCCCUGCCUCCAAGAAAUUUGGACGACUACUGCCCCUGUCAUGCAGACUUUGUAGCCCAGCUCCCAUAAUGAGCAAGGAAAGCAGCAAUCCCUCCAUGGGCUGGGAGCACCGACCCCAGGACCUGUGGAGCAUGGACCCUCGGUCUUGGGAUCCCUUGAGAUGUUCAGUUCCACAGGCCAGCCUGGCUCACACUACUGACAAGGGCAAAAGUGCUGUGCUGAGGAGAGGUGUUGCCACCUGCCAGGUUCUCCCGAAGAGCUGUGAAGAGGGCCCCUGCAGCACAGUGCAAGCCAGGAGAGCCAGGCUCUACAUGUACUGUCCGCCCAUUCAGACUUGCCGGAGCUCCCCGGCCCCGCCUGCCCCUCUGCCUCUCAAGGCAGAGACAUUUGUUUGGGUUAACAAUGCAUCAGCGCAUUCCCAGAGUGUUGCCAAGGCCAAAUAUGAAUUUUUAUUUGGCAGAUCUGAAGAGAAACCUCCAAAUACUAGUGAUCAUGGAGGAAGCACUUUACUCCCACCGAAUGUCACAAAUGAAUUUCCAGAAUAUGGGACCAUGGAGGAAAGUGGAGACGGCCUAAGAGCUUCUCUGGGAUUUGAUACAGAGUCUCUGUCAGGUGCCCCACGAGGGCAGCAGGAGGUCCAGUUUGUUGAUGGCCCCCACUCUAGGCUCAACAACGUUACAGAAGGACCACAAGAUGGCAGAGAGUCCCAUCCUAGAUGUCAGCUCAAGGAACAGAGUUUACAACCCAUUGAUGAUUUGAUUUCAACUCUGAAAGCCACAGAAGCCAGAAUAGCUUCAGGAACAUUACAUGCUACAAAGAUACUGGAAAAGGAUGCUGUUUCUAGUUUUUCAACUCAGCAGGUGGAGGAGAAGCUGGACACUGCCCCUUAUAAAACAGAGAGACAGAGAACCAACAAAAUAUUUCCUGCUGGCCGAGAAAAAGGACCAGAUGUACCUCUUUCAGCUGAAGUUACGACUGAGGAGAACUCUUAUUCGAGCAUCCAGAAGGAUGUGACUGUACUGUUAGCUGGAGAGGCUCAAGUAGAGCUUUGCAGGAUAACUGAUGAUGCCAGGAAAGGGGCUUUGCAUGUGCAGGGGCCAGCUGGUCCAGCAUCCUCUCUGGGGAACCCAGCAGCUGCCCAUACCUCUGUAGGUACUGUUGGUUUUCUGAGGGAGAUGAGGUCUGAUCAAGGUAGCUCCACGGGACGCCCAGGCCGGGUCAAACAUGUGGAAUUUCAAGGGGUAGAGAUAUUGUGGACAGGAGGGGAGAAAAGAGAGCCACAACAGCCUGUGGAUUUUGAGAUUUCACUGGAAAGGACGACCCCUCCUGAAAGCAGAGAGUUUCCCCGAGUGCCAAGCCAUCUCAUCUCAUCUGCUGGUUUGUAUAAUUCAGUUGGUUUAACUGAGAGUGUUUGGGAUGAAACCUGGAGCGCUUCAUCAGAGAAGCCGGGAGCUAGCUCAGGGGCAUUCUCGCCUCUGCCUCUUGUUGACAGUGGAGAGGAUGAAGUCUUCCUAAAGGAAAACAAAGAACAUCUUGAGAAGAAACCUGAACUGGAGAGAGACAAGGAAAGGAUUCUUGAGCAAGAGGAGCACUUUAGGGGAGGAGAAGAUGAUCUCCUUGGGCAUGGGUAUGCAGAAGACUCCACUGAUGUGUACAGCUCCCAGUUUGAAACUAUUUUGGAUAACACUUCGUUAUACUACAGUGCUGAGUCCUUGGAGACAUUAUAUUCAGAACCCGAUAGCUAUUUUAGCUUUGACAUGCCCCUCACUCCGAUGAUCCAGCAGCGCAUUAAAGAAGGCACUCAGUUCCUGGAGAGGACAUCGGUGGCAGGACAGCAGGACAUCCUGAGCAUCUCAGCAGUUGGUGAGAUAGUGAUGGGCUGUUCUAGUGAGAUCGCCAAUGGGCUGAAUGACACCAGUGACUCCAUCUACACGAAAGGCACCCCAGAGAUUGCUUUCUGGGGAAGCAAUGCUGGUGUAAAAACAACCCUGCUAGAGGCUCAUUCUGAGAUGGGGAGCACUGAAAUUCUGGAAAAGGAGGCCUCAGAAAGUCUCAGUAAUGGUACCCGCAGCAACAUAGAAGCAGCCAGGAGGCUGGCCAGACGACUUUAUCAACUAGACAGAUUCAAAAGGUCGGAUGUUGCAAAGCACCUAGGCAAGAACAAUGAAUUUAGCAAACUAGUUGCAGAAGAAUAUCUGAAGUUUUUUGAUUUUACAGGAAUGACCCUGGAUCAGUCUCUCAGGUAUUUCUUUAAAGCAUUUUCUCUUGUGGGAGAAACUCAAGAACGAGAGAGAGUUUUAAUACACUUCUCCAAUAGAUACUUUUAUUGUAACCCAGAUGCCAUUGCUUCACAAGAUGGAGUCCAUUGUCUCACUUGUGCAAUGAUGCUUCUUAACACAGAUCUCCAUGGCCAUAAUAUUGGAAAGAAGAUGACCUGCCAAGAGUUCAUUGCAAACCUCCAAGGGGUAAAUGAGGGUGGUGAUUUCUCCAAGGAUCUACUAAAAGCUUUGUACAACUCUAUUAAGAAUGAGAAGCUUGAAUGGGCAGUAGAUGAUGAAGAGAAAAAAAAAUCUCCAUCUGAAGGUACUGAUGAGAAGGCUAAUGGAACACAUCCAAAGACCAUCAGUCGUAUCGGGAGCACUACGAAUCCAUUCUUAGACAUUCCUCACGACCCGAAUGCUGCUGUGUACAAAAGUGGAUUCUUGGCUCGGAAAAUCCAUGCAGAUAUGGAUGGAAAGAAGACUCCAAGAGGAAAGCGAGGAUGGAAAACUUUUUAUGCUGUACUAAAGGGAACAGUCCUUUAUUUGCAAAAGGAUGAAUAUAAACCAGAAAAGGCCCUGUCAGAAGAGGAUUUGAAAAACGCCGUGAGUGUGCAUCAUGCGCUGGCAUCCAAGGCCACAGACUACGAGAAGAAGCCAAAUGUGCUUAAACUUAAAACGGCUGACUGGAGGGUCUUGCUUUUUCAAGCCCAGAGUCCAGAGGAAAUGCAGGGGUGGAUAAACAAAAUUAAUUGUGUUGCAGCUGUAUUUUCUGCACCACCAUUUCCAGCAGCCAUUGGAUCUCAGAAAAAGUUUAGUCGUCCACUUCUGCCUGCCACUACAACAAAAUUAUCUCAGGAGGAACAGCUGAAAUCUCAUGAAAGCAAGCUGAAGCAGAUUACCACUGAGCUGGCUGAGCACCGCUCCUAUCCCCCAGACAAGAAAGUUAAAGCCAAGGAGAUAGAUGAAUACAGACUGAAGGAUCACUAUCUGGAGUUCGAGAAAACCCGUUAUGAAAUUUAUGUCAGCAUUCUAAAAGAAGGAGGCAAGGAGCUCCUGAGUAACAAUGAAAGUGAGGCUGUAGGAUUGAAGAAGUCACAUUCAAGUCCUUCGCUGAACCCAGAUUCAUCUCCAGUUACAGCCAAGGUCAAGCGUAACGUGUCAGAGAGGAAAGAUCACCGACCUGAAACACCAAGCAUUAAGCAAAAAGUUACUUAGAAUCCAUCUGUGACCAGGAAGUACUGGUCAUGGAGCAAAAUAGAGUUUUUCAAGAUCUUUCUGGUAAACCCGUGAAUAUCUUUUUAAACAGUCUGUGACUAAAUGGUGCAUUAGUAACCUUUUCUAUUGCAUAGCUUUGUUAGUUUCUGUACUGAUUGUCUCUUUGCUCUUGAUUUCUUGGCUUUGAUGAUUUUUUUUUGCUACUUGAUGACUAAUGCACCUUUUUCAUGAGGGGAAGGGGAUCAUGAUUUCAGAAUGAUUAUGUGUCACUUUUCCUUUGGUUUUUUCUUGUUUGCACUCUGCUCAGUUGUUUUAUGUAUUCUCAAAUCAGCUAUUACACUUUUUUAAGGUUAAAAAAUUAAAUUCCUUGUGGAACAUUUAACUGGACAAACUUGGUAGUUUAGCAAAUUCUAGCCAGAGUUAAUAUAAGCCUUUAUAUGUGAAAUCUUGCUCAGUCACUGAGGUGAAAUUGAGCACUCACAGAAAUUCAGUUAAGAAUUAAAAUUCUGGGAAUCAAGAUGUCCCACUGUGAUGCAGAUGUGCAUACAUCUUCACACUUACUGUUGAGUUCUGACUCUGCUGGAAGCAGGGAUAGGAGGUGUGAAGAUCAGAGGACUGGAGAACUUAAGAAGUGCAUUAGCUUCCUUGAAGUAUUGAUUUCAUUUCAGCCAAAGAAGGAAAGAGAAAGUGAAAUCUUUCGCCAUUGAAGGUUGUGGAAAGACGACACGAAGUUCAUUUUGUUUCCUAAAGGGUAGUGGCAAUAAUUGACUCUUGGGGAGCUGUAGCAGUAGGCUUGCGAUUGGUGUGCAGGAAAUUGUUACCUCAUUCCCAGGGUCUAGACUAGGAAUCCAGAAUCAUCUCUAUCGUCAAUACUCUGCCAUUCAGGAAUUAGGUUAUUUUAGGCAUGAUGUUAUCUCCUGAUUGUAAAAUAUUGGAGUCUUCCUAACAAAAUAAUGUUGAAAACAGAACUCCUUUUGUUCUUUUUUAAAUCAAAACAAAGUAAGACAGGAAAAAGUAGCUGCAGUUGUUCAGCAAUGCAAUGAAUAUUGAUUCUUUAAAAUAAAUCUGAAAGUAAUAAAUUGAAUGAAUUGUGAUUGGAAAACUGGAAUCUACUGGCUGCAUAAGCAAGGUUACUUAGUUUAUUCUUAUCUCAGUCUUUUUGAUAGCCAAUUCAGUCUGCUACUACUGAACUUUCUCCUGAGAACAAGUACUUUAUUUUAAAUAAUUAUUUUCUAUCUACUCAAAUUUUAUUAACCUUACAGUCAUGAGUUUUUUCCAGUGAUGGUCCCUUUGCAGUUUAGGAUAAUAAACAUCACAUUCUCCUGUAGAGGAAGAAAAAGUGAAAAUUGAGCCUUCUAUUAGUUAGAACUUUCUGAUUUUGAAACCUUGAUACUUUGUGAUAGUUAAAGCUAUAAUCUUCAUGACUUCAGAGAUAAUAGAAUCACUUUGAAUACUCUUCUCUCCCAUACAUAUUUGCUCUAGUUGUGCUCAGUUUAUUAGUUAAAGGUACUAUGACCAAAGAAUCAGGGACUCUGCAUGAAUAGCAUGGUUCUGGUAAAUUAGAGAAAACCUGCUAUUAAACCAUGGUGGUUUCUAGUGCUGUAUUGUUCUGAUGUACCAGCAUUUAAUCACAAGAUUAUUUAUUAAAUUUACUUCCUUUACCUAUAUAAAUGCCUAUAUUUGCUAGUGCCCAGAAAAGAGAAACCCCAUGCUAAGGCUGUAGCUGCUUGCUUUGUGAGAAGUAUUUUGCCACACCUUGAAAAGUUCACUCUAACCCUCUAUCUUGUUUACAUGAAGGCAAUGACUAAUUUAUGUUUCAAACCCAAAAAACAAGGUAGUUCCCAAUAUAGCCCUGUGUACCUGAUUCAUUUUUGUAGCUUCUGACCAAAUCCAAGAUUUCCAUGAGGGAAUCAUCUCUCUUCCUCAAAUCUGAAUAAUUAACCUAUUUGUUUUCUGCCUAGAUACUUACUCAUACCAAGCAGAAAUAUACCUAGACUAUAUAAUCUCUGAGCUUCAAUAACUAAAGAAAAAUAAACAUCCCUGAUUGGCUUGAAUGUGUUUGUCCAUAGUGUGACUGUGUCUGUGUAUAUAGAAUGUCUCUGUGUAUUUUAUUUACAGUAUAUAAUAGACAUGAAAUGGUACCUUGCUACAGUGUUUCUGACAUUUAGAGUAGUUCUGAAAUGCUCAGUUAGCAUCAGCAGCACUACAGCAUUAUUCCUAUUAUAUGACUUACUACUGUUAGCCUACAGGAACUUCUGUAGGAUAUGCUAAUAGAUAAAUGGAUGAGAAGGACACUUUGAAGCUGCCAUAUACUAUGCUUGCAUAGUUCCUCUUUAAAAACAACUGCAAAAGGUUUUUCUGUGAGCCAGGAUCCCAGAUUGCCCUGGCAUGAUGUUGCCCAUCUGCAGGGGAUGGGUUGAGAAUACUUCUGCCCUAUUCACUGUCAGUGCACCUAGCAGGCCAAGAGUUUAUUCAGUAGGAGGAAGUGGUCCCUGAUCUGACUAGAUUCUAAGAGUCUUGCCAAUAGCCAACCACAUUUUCCUUUGUGAUAAUUUUUUAUGUGAUAAUUUUAUGUGAUAAUUUUUUUAUAAUUUUACUAUGAUAUCUAGUCAGAAGAAAGGUGAUUUCUUGAGUUUGUAUUUUACUCUGUGGCCAAACCACAGAACUUUUGAGGCUAGGUAAUAAUUUAUACAACCUGAAGUGAAGGAGUUUUCUGCUGUACCUGGCCUAUUACUCCUUCUGAUGUAAAAAGCUUGAAAAUCUGUUCUUAGGUAAGGAAGGGCCUGAUUUGGUAUGAGCUAAACCUCUUCUCUGUCUUUAUCCCUAAUCAUAGACAAUGGGAAGAAUAUUGAACUUUUCAGAAGUUUCUCUAUUUCUUACUAGCCAGACUUUCUUGAGUACAGUUAGUUGUCAUUGGAUUUUGAAUUCACAGGGAGUUUCUCAGCUUUAUAGAUCCAAAUUUCUGUACUUUAGCACUUAUGGACCUAGUCAAGUUUUCAGCACAUUGGUAGCUACCUUACCUAAUUUCAGCGGUGAACAAUCUCUUCACUUUUCAAAUGACAAUUUUUUUCCAAUUGUAACAUUAACACUGUUAAACAAAGAACCAAAGUGGCAUCCAAGGACUUGUCAAAGUAGAGUUUAGUUAAUGAAUAAUAGUGUGACUUUGGAUUUAAAUAGCAUCUGCUUUUCUCAGCAUCUAAUUUGCUCUGACAAAAAGAGAUCAGUCAGCUUUGUGACUGCAGCUGUAUGACUGCAGAGGGCUCAUCUGCAGCUGCAAUGAUGAGCCCUCUGCAGCUACCUUGCUCCAAAGCUUUCUGGCUGUCUCUUCUCCCAGGCCAGUUCAGGCCAUUCGUCUGCCUUCGCCUUGGGUCAACAGAUAUCUCCAUUAGCCUUUUGACAUCCUGUACUGUCAAGUCACCUACAAGACUUUAAAGGUCAGUAGUUCACCAUAAAAUAAUACCAACAAAUGAUAGGGAAGUGCUUUGUCAUUGCUUCUCCUCUCAGAAUCCUUUUCAAUGUCUCACUGAUAAAAGGGGGACUAAAGUUUAAAGCCAUUGCCAUUCUCCUUUUGUACCUAUAGUAUCCAAAUCCCAAGUGGGCAUCAUUCUGCUUAGGAUAAUAACACCCAUUGCAUGCAAAGAGAAUAUCUUCAUAGACAGAAUGUCAGUAAAUACUUGAAUCUGCAUGAUAGUUUGUUGACUUGAAUGCAACAGCAAGAAAAUAUUGCAAGUUAAGUAAUUGUAUAUACAGUUUCCUUAAAUCUCCUUGGCUUGUUCUUUGUAAUUUAUGUGUGUAUCUGUAGUAGUGCAGGAUUUUGGAGAAUAUUCAUAUCAAUAGUAUGUCAGACAUCAAAAAAAUGCUUUCUGUCACCUGCCAAUGUUGUAUUGUGGUUAUUUAUAGUUGUACGUAUGUAUAUGUAUCAUUGUGUAGACUGUAUAUCAGUAUAUGGUAUAUGUAUAUCAAAUUUAUUUUUAUCUUUAAUAACCAGUGUGAUAUGAAAAGCAAGUAAAAACCUCAUAGGAUUGAUUAUAUAAUGCAGUUAUUGAGAAUAUAUAUAGUGGUACUGUUUUAUUAAACUUAAAUUAAAAUAUUUUGAUUAGAUUUUUAAUAAGAUUUUAUGUUAGAAAAUUCCAUCUUUGAUCUUUGAAUCACCAGGGCAAAAUGACUCUGAACUAACUUUGUGAAACUAUUUCAGUGUACUGUGUACAACACUAAGGGGGUAGCUCAUUGUAAUUUUAGAUACAUGGAAAGAGGGGGAAAAAGCAGACUUCCUAUGCAGUCUUAACAACGUCAGUAUUCUGGGCGCUUAACCAUAAACUCAAACUGGCAGUUUUGGGCUUAUUACAAAUUGUGAUGCUUUAAAGCACAUGUUCUUUAUUGUUGUAAUUAGUCCAGAAAAAUAGAGCUUUCAGAAGAAUUAAAUAAGUGCCCACCAUAUCAUUUUUGUGCCUGUGUCUAUUUUACAGUAGAUCAAGCCACUCUUCUAGCACCACCUCUUUACCCUCUUUAAUUUAAAGAAAUAUUACAAUGUUAAAGUAUAUCAGGGUUUCCCAAGAUCAGGUACUAUAUUCUAGGUUUGCAGUUGUACAAAUUAGCAUCUAGUGUCACAAGUAAAAGAAUUUUAGGGCAGGCUGUGGACCAGGUUAAAACUUAAUUUAAUAUUUUUAUAUUUAGGUCUCUUCCUGCCUCUCCCCAAAGAAGAGCCACUGGCCUUAGUUGUUUGAGCUUACUGCUUAUCUUACAGCGUGUAAAUAUAUAAUUAGAAAUUAAAUGUAUAUUAACCAGCAUGUUUGGUGUAUUUAAAGCAGCAACUGAGUAUGUCUGAGUGAGUGGUUGAGUGCAGUAUAUUUUUAAAAAUACUGUCUCCUAUUCUUUGUAUCUGAUUCAGAGAAUUGGAGUUGUAGAGUGGAAGACCAAUCUUUGGCUCCAGUCUACAGUAGUGUGUUGGUAGUUACAUUGGAGUUUUUUUUUUUUUAUUAAACUACAGUUUCAAACUAUUUUUGCAAAUAUAUCAUAUUUCCUAAUUUGUUUUUGACAUGCAGUAAACUGGCUCUGUGACUAACCAGAAGGAUCUUUGUUCUGCAAGAGUGUGUUUCUUUCUAAAAAUUAUAGUGAUUUGCAAAAAGAAUCCAUUUGAUUCAGAAAGUAUACAUAAAAGGAGUAGCAAAAAUAAAGUUUCAUUUUGGGCCUUAAUCAUUUGAAAUGUUUGGACUUUUCAUAUAAAGCCAUGUAUGUUAUAAAGCCAAGUAACCAUUUGGCAUGGAUAAUAAUAUCCACUGUAUAGAGAGUAUAUAUGCACACUGAUUUUUAAUGCCAUCAGGAUACUUUUUUAAGCUAUACGAAUGAGACUAAUUAGACCAAAUUGAAAUCAGAGGGCUUGAGGGGGAAGUAUGUGAGCUGGUUGCCUUCCAUUUAAGGUAGACAUACAUGUGCUCAGUCCUCUGCUCCUGAGAGAUUCAGAACCAGUUAACUGUCCCCUUAGGUGUGUAAGGGGAAAGUCUUAUACAUGUAGGCCUCCCACAUGUGUACAUACACUUGCACACAUGUAUACACAGUGGAUGUUUUAAGUUAUACAAACUUAAAACACAAAGGGCCAGGGUGUAAAAAUGUUGAAUGAAGUGGGUGGAAACUGCAUCACAGGAAUAUUUUCUAAGGGCUAGGGAGGAGUUGGAGCUCUAGAGUCUGACUUUGAGAAGCAUCGAAUUUUUAACAAAUAUAUGAAUACAUAUAUAUCACAUCCACCAAAUUGAAGGCUUUCUUAUCAUUCAUAAGCAGCCAGUCUCCAACAUCUUGCAGUACCAUGGGGACAUUCCAGAAGGCUGAUGUUCACUGUUUUCCAGGAUGGCACUGCUGCUUGCCCUGGAGAUCAUUCCUUUGAGAAAGGAACACAAAUAGAGAAGCAAAAAAGUGCUUACCAUAGGAGCAUUAAUAUGAAUUGUCCACAUUCGCUUUUCAGCCAUACUGGUGAGAAAGCUCAGAUUGAAGUUAUGCUGAACAGUUAAGCACUUUUCUAUCAACAAUGACAGUAAAGAUGGAGAUGAAAAGAAACUUAGCUAAAAUAUAUUUCCCUUUGCAGGGUAAAGAACUAAACUCUCACUAAUAGUGUCAUAAACACCUUCACUUCAAUUCCUGAAAAUCUUGGUUAAUGGAGAGAAAUUUGGAGUUUCACUUACCAUUUCCCUUUGAGCUUGCAUAGAUAAGACUUUAGACACUCCCAAGAGAGUCCUAUUCAGAAAGCUCAGUUAAGGACAGUACUGUAGGUCUGAGGCUCCUUGCUCUGACCCCUGAAUACUGGGGCACUACAGAGGAUUACAAUGUAUUCUCUCUGCAAAGAGGAGCUUCUCUUCUGGCCUUCCACUCCACUUGGGCUUCUACUGAGCAGCAGGCACAUCCUGGAUUUCAAUGUUGUUUCCCUGGCUUUAGGAAUCCAGCUGUUCUAAUGAGUAGACCCUGCUGAGGAAAGAUAUCAACUCUGAGAGUGACUGGGUCACUGGAGGUGACAUAUGACAAAGGUAUUUUAAAAUUUUUCUGACACCAAGACCACAUAUUUUGCCUUUGCACCCAAAUUUCUGGAAAUGGAUAAUGCUUCAGUUCUGUGGGAAGGGUCAGGGAACACUAAGUUUAUUGCUUAGCAUUUCUGCUCAGUGCUUAUUGCUUAGCAUUUCUGCUCAGUUUAGAUGAGAGCUGUUGGGUAAAGGCCUAAAUGCCUCCCUCCAUUCUCUUCUACCUCAGGUUUUAGGAGCCCAUUUCUAGAACAGAAACUUAUACGAGUGGAGAACCAAUACUGUCAGCCUUGAUUACUGUAGGACAGGCAGGAGGGUGGUAAUAUGUAUCCUGUAAUAUAGAACAAGCUUUUAACUUGUCCAACCUAGUAACUGGAUUAUGUUUUCUGUGACUCAAACUAAUUGGCAGUGUGGAACUUUCAUUUACCUUCAAAGUUUUCUCCACCAAUCAUUGCAGUUUCAUUGCAGUCCUGGUGCCAUAUCUCCCUGCAAAUUGUGAAAGUAAUUAGUGACAAAAUAGCAGCCUACUCCUUUUCAGUGGCCAGACUGUCAGCAUUAGCAGACUUAGGUAAGCUAGUGGGACUGAAUUAUGUACUGGAAACCUGUUCCUCAUUAUCACCCACCAGACUGAAGACAUGCCAUCUCCUAGAGAAUUAUGGCAUUUAUGGUGGUCAUCUUUUUAAUGGAACAGUAACUUAUGCGGAUAUUGUUAAAGCAUUCAGAGACUAUUUUGAAAAUUAAGUUUACAUUUUACAAUUGCUUUAUUUUUUAUUAAAAUAGUUGUAUAUAAAUAUUACUCCAUUUCACUGAUGUUAAAGUAAACCUAACCAUGUAGACAAGUGUGUCACCUGAUAUGUAUAGAAGCUAUGAUAUAUAUAUAGUACUUUUCUCUAUUGUGUAAAUGUUUAUGAAUAUAACUGUUCUGUGUUUUUAUAAGUUGGGGAUAAUUUGUUGUUUUACAACAACAAAAUCAAUUGAACUUAAGUGGCUUUUAUGUAAUAGAAAUUAUGCAAAAUAGUGAAAGAUUUAAAAUAUGUAUAUGAUAUAUGUAAAUGUACAAACUUUAGAAAGAAAUAAAUUAACAAAUUUCAAUCAUUUAGGGGAAUAUUUUUAUUUGCUUAUUUAAGCAACUGUAUAAUACCUUUAAAAAUCAAAACACAACACACCCCAUCCUGCAUUAAAAAGCCCCACAGUGGCCAGGAUAAUUAAGAUGUUAAGAAAGUCAAAUCAUUAGCUCUCACCUCCAUUAACAUCUGUAAAAACCCGUGUUUGCACAAAGAUGUUGAUGAGACUUAGGGGGCCUACUGUCUUCAUUAGCAGACUUUGAGCAGAGAAAGAACGAAAGUUUUGAAGCAAUUUCAAAAAUUCAUUUUGCAUUCCCAUACUCCUAACAUUUUUUAUCAAAGUAAAGGGACUGGAGAGUUCAUUAUUGUGCUAAAAUAAAAAUGUUGGUCACUGCUUUA